GGUAAAAGCGGGGUGUCUAAGAAAUAGCUGCGGGUGGGGGGAGCACGGAGCGGGGCCGUGUACUGGGAUCCGACAGUCACAGUCACGCGCCCCUGCUUUGGGAGGGGCCGAUGAAUACCUUAGCGAUUUGCAGGGUUUGCCGUCUUCCCACCUGAACGUAAAACUCCUUGAAAGUCAGCACGUUGAGCAGAAACAUGAGUUCGAUCUUGACCGCAAGUCAAGGCAAUGAUGUUGAGGCGGAGACCUGGAUGGUGGCUACGAGGUCCAGGGUCUCCGCGCAGCCUUUGCAUGAUGGGCUUUUGAUAGUGAAAAUGGAGGAAGACUCCCCCGGAGGUCUGGAGUCUGACCCAGCCCCAAGCUGUCAAGAUCCCGAAACUUCUCGGCGGAAUUUUAGGAGGUUCCGUUACCAGGAGGUGGCUGGACCCGAAGAGGCGCUGAGGCGGCUCAGGGAACUUUGUCGAGGGUGGUUGAGACCUGAGAUGCACUCGAAAGAGCAGAUCGUGGAGCUGCUGGUGCUGGAGCAGUUCCUCACCAUCCUGCCCCAGGAGCUCCAGGCCUGGGUGCGGAAGCACUGCCCCGAGAGCGGGGAGGACGCUGCGGCUGUGGUGCGAGCUCUUCAGAGACCGCUUGAUGGGCCUUCACCCCAGGGGUUGGUGACGGUGGAGGAUGUGGCUGUGACUCUAACCUGGGCAGAGUGGGAACGUCUGGACCCAGCUCAAAGGGACUUCUACAGGGAGAGUGCGCCAAAACUGUGGCACUCCACCAGAAACACGUUCUCCCUGAGUUUGGAAACCAGAACUGAGAACAAAGAGUUGAUUCCAAAGCAAGAAGUUUUAGAAGGAGAGCCACAGGAGCAGCUACAAGAAGGGCCCUGUUGGAAGACGCCCGUGCUCUCUGAGUGUGGAAAUACUCAGGAAGAUGAGGUAGAAAAACAGUCAGGAAACCCCUCAUCACUGAAACUUGAAAAUUCUCCUAAAGAGCAAGGAGUCGCCAGCAUCUCAGGCCUCAAGAAUGGUUCCACAGAAGAGAGAGACUACAAAAGUAAUGAAUUUGGGAAUAGCGACAGAAGUUCAAACUUGCUUCUUUGUCAGCAAGUCCAAAGAGCAGAGAGACCCAGUGAUGGUGCCCAACAUGGGAACAGUUGCAAACAGGGUUUUGAUAUGGUGAAAUGUCAAGUGGGGAAACCUCACAAAUCUGUGGACAGGGAGGAACAUUUCCGUGGCCCAGGCCUUUUUGAAGCCCAGAGGCAGGUUCGCGAGGAAAGGCCUUAUAAGUGUGAUGACUGUGAGAAGAGUUUCAAACAGCGUUCUGACCUCUUUAAACACCAGAGGAUCCACACUGGGGAGAAGCCCUACAAAUGCAAGGAAUGUGGAAAGAGCUUCAGUCAGAGUGCCGCCCUCAUAAAACACCAAAGGACACAUACAGGUGAGAAGCCAUACACAUGUCCCAAAUGCGGGGAUAGCUUCAGACAGAGCUCGCAUCUCAAGCGGCACCAAAGAAUCCACAUAGGUGAGAAACACUAUAAAUGUAACGAGUGUGGGGAAACCUGCCGUAUUUCCAACCGUUUUAGACAUCAGCGAAUACAUAAAGGGGAGAGACCCUACACAUGUGAAGAGUGUGCGAAGAGCUUCAAACGGUGCUCUGACCUCUCCAAACAUCAGAGAAUCCACACUGGGGAGAAACCAUAUGGAUGUUCCGUCUGUGGGAAACGCUUCAGCCAGAGUGCAACCCUCAUCACACACCAAAGAACUCACACUGGAGAAAAACCUUAUAAAUGUCCUGAAUGCGGGGAAAGCUUUAGACAGAGUCCACAUCUUAUCCGACACCAGAGAAUCCACAGAAAUAAAGUCCCAGCUUUCUGACAUGCUCUGCCUGAGCUGUUUUUUUUAUGAUAUUUCUUUCAUUGUCCAGAAACUACAUUCUUUGGCUUUUGGAGUCUUUCUGUCAGUCAUUAUCAUAUUUUUCUUGGGCAUCACUCCCAAGAAGGAUUCAGGCUAACUCUGUGUUUUACAGUGGUGAGACAAAGGGGCAUGCCCAAGAUGCGGUGGUUAUGUGGCAGUGACAAGAGCAAGGGCUGACACGUGACGGAUUCUUUCCUCCUCUCUUUACUGUUCUGCCUUUGGAAGAGAUCUUGCUCAUCUAGUUAUCUCCCCAAGAAAGUGUUUUAGUCACUUAGAAUUGUCUUUUUACUUAGAUGAAGAGGAUUCCAAAUACUUUAUAACCAAAAACACUUGUAAAGCUCAAUGCAUAUAAGAGGCACUAUAUUUUUUUACUUUUUUUAAAAAAUGAGUUUUGUAGACUCCAUUCUGGGAGUCUAGGGUUUCAGUUUUGUAACUGUUUCAAACAAUGGAAGGCAAGAGAAACCCCAUCCAGACACAUUUAAUUCUGGUUCGUAUAUCCUUUGCACAGCUUACUAAACAGGGUAAUUUCUUUGAUAACUUGGUUUCUGAAAAAGAUCCCCAUUAAACUUUCCCUAAGCUUUUUUGGUACAUGUGGGCUCUUGUGCUAUCUGAUAGCCUGAAACAUGUUUUUUUCUGUUGAGGCCUCUGAAUGUAAGGGACGUGAGGAAGUGCUCCAUAUGUGUCCGUGGGGAUGUUCCAAAAGAGGACAUGGGACAGAGAGGUGGCAAAAUAUUAACUUGGUGAAAAAAAAAAUUAACUUGGUGAAUCGGGGUAGGUGGCUUAAAGGCAUUUUCUGUAUUGUUUCGUGACUUUGCGAAUUUGAAAUUAUUCCAAAAUAACAUCAGUACUGAUUCACUUAUAUUAGCAAUAUGCACUUUGAAACAUUAGUGGAAGAAAAUAUAUUAUGAUAGUGACACAAAUAAUUGGCCACAAAUUAAAAUUUCAGAGAGCCACCCUUACAGCAUAUUUUACUAUCAAGUCAUCUAUUUCUACUAUAAAAUUUACUUUAGAAUUCCAUGUAUAUUUGAUCUAUAUUUGCAUUCAUCUAAUUUCUCCUUCAUUUCUACCAAGAAAUGCUGAAAAAUGAAGCCACCUGGAUAAAAGUUGAGAAUGAAUUUGAACUAGGUCCAGACCACACAGGUGUUGUGACUUGAAUGCUGAAAUCUGGGUAGUAGUCACUUAGUGCACUAUAAACCAGACGUGUAAAAUGAGAAAAUGAAAGGACAUAUCAAACUUUGUAACUUAUUUUUAGUCAUUUAAAUUUACA